GUAAAAAUUUAAUGGAUCUAGAAAAUAUAGAGGCCGACCUCAAUGCGUACGUGAUGGUGCUAGACAACUACAUCAGCAAAUUAAAAAAUUAUAAAGUUAUUAAAGCUAAGGCAUAUGAUGCCUUGACUCUUGCUGAAGAUUUCAAAGAUCAGCUUGCCCGAUUUACUAAGGAAAUUCAAGAAAAAGUCUGUUUUGAAGACCCCAAUAACAUAGGGGCCACCUUUAAUUCAAUGCCAAUAAGGCAAGAACUUAGAAGAAAUAUGAAAGUCAUCAGACUUUUAAGCAAGUAUGAAAGACUACAACACAUCAUUGAAAAAGAAACUCAAUCUGUAUUGUGAUCAAGUCCAGACAUCAAUAUUCCACCGAGAAUAAAUAAUGAUUGCUCUUCUGACAUUUAUCCCCAACAAGAGUUGCAAAUUCUAAAAGAAAGACCUGAUGAAGAACUCAAAGAAGAUUCCAAAGCUGCCUCCUUCAAAGAUAUUAGCAGAGAUAUAGAAAUAGACUGCAAGAGAAGGGAGAAUGCCAACUUAGAGAAAAGUAUCAAGAUCACCCAAAAUCUUGAAGAAUUGAACAUGGAGAUUAGUCAGCAACUUGUACAAGAUAAAGAGAGACUCAAAGAAGUUAACAAGGAAGCAGAACAAGCAGCAGAGAUUUCAGGACAAUCUCUGAAGGAAGUUAAGAAGAAAGCUAAAGGCAAGUGGUGGCUCUUUGGACUGAAGACAACCCUUUUUGGAGGUGGAGCAGGCGCUGUAGCUGGAACAGCAGUCGGACUUGUACCUGGUGCUGUCAUUGGAGGAGUUGCUGGAGCAACAGGAGGAGCUGUAGUAGGCUCGAAGAUAAAGAAAGCAGCAAAGAAAAAGAUAGAUGUUUUUCAAGAAGAAGAUGCCAUCCAUAUUGAUCCAGAUCAUGAAGACUAGCUCUCUAAGCCUCUCAGAUUUAAUGAAUCUGAGUAUAAGGCAGA